UUUUGGUUUUGUUCUUUCUUGUAUAUCUUCCAGGAGGAUGUUUCCUGCCUUCAAAGUCCGAGUGUCCGGAAUGGACAAGAAAGCUAAGUACAUCAUGUUGAUGGACAUUGUGGCCGCUGAUGAUUCCAGGUACAAGUUCCACAACAGUCGUUGGAUGGUGGCUGGCAAGGCUGACCCAGAAAUGGCCAAACGGAUGUACAUCCACCCAGACUCGCCCAACACUGGGGAACAGUGGAUGCAGAAGGUGGUAUCCUUCCACAAGCUCAAACUCACUAACAACAUCUCGGACAAACACGGCUUUACGAUCCUCAACUCCAUGCACAAGUACCAACCCAGAUUUCAUCUUGUACGGGCAAACGACAUUCUCAAGCUGCCGUACAGUACGUUCCGAACUUACGUAUUUAAAGAGACUCAGUUUAUUGCUGUGACCGCCUAUCAGAAUGAGAAGAUAACCCAACUAAAGAUUGACAACAAUCCUUUUGCAAAGGGAUUUCGGGACAGUGGAGCGGGAAAGCGAGAAAAGAACCCUCAAAACUCUCCCCCCUCCAGGCGACACGAAAUACUGUUGAACCAACCACAGCCUCAGUUACCAGCAGCUGAAAGUAAUUCAGCCCGAAACAAGGGAAGUUCUGAGCAUGUUGAUAAUUCCAGCGAUGAUGAGGAACGAUUGGACGUAGGGGGCUCUGCAGACAUGAGACCAGAGUUAACAUCGCUUUCGUCAGCUACUUUAGGCAUCGAAGAAGAUGCUAGUCCCCGACAUGAUAGUAAUAAAGAAAUUGAACGACUAUCAUCUACUCCAAAGCCUGAAGAUCAUCAUCAUAACGACAGUAGAUGUACUAGCGUGUCAUCUUCAACCAAAUCCUUUGCCUUUGAUAAUCGCCUGCAGCCCAAGCCUUGUGAGGAGGGAUUCUCUCUUUUACAUGACAAACAAGCUGUUACUCAAACAGGACCAAACGUCACCAUGGGUCCGGGCUUGCCCCAUACUCAUUUCUUGCCCUAUUUGUACUCACCUGCCCUCUAUUCUCAGUUAUUCUUUCCGCCCAAUUCUAAUACAAUCGCCCAGCUUUAUCCGCUGCUAGCCAACAGUUACCAGGGUCUAGCUGAAUUUAAUUCACGUCUCCGCCACCAACAUCGAUUUUCACCUUAUCCUGCCCCCCACACCAAUCCAUCUCCCCUCGGUGCUCACUGUCUAGCCGAAACCGGCCCUCCGCAUCAUCAUCAUCAUCGAUCUCUUCUACAUCUAAAGUCUAAGACCACCACGACAUCAUCGUCACAAAGUUCACCAAUACAGGAAACCUCUACUCAUUCCAACUCUGACGGAAGUGGCACUACUGCAGAAGUUUCGUGUGAACUGAAAAACAUCGAAAACAUGGUGUACGGUUUGGAGCGUCGACAAGAGCAACUAGUCAUGGAAACUUUGAUAACAUUGCCCGAUAAAGGACAGUAGCGACACAUUCGACAACCCAGACUCUGCUUUUGUAUGAUUGUCCAUCACGAAUGUAGGCUCGGAGAGAAAUGAUGGAGAUAGUAAUUCCGUUCUCACUCUUUCACGAGUGACUGUAUAAAGAAAGAUAUCAAACUGUGUCUGUCUGUUUUAAAAUCUGAUGUAGACAACUCAAAACUAGCUCAAACCAAAGAGAACAAAACGGUCUUUAGUUUCGUGUUCAACAAGGCCAUAGUAUUUUAACCUAAACGCGAACUGUGGCGACCAACAUUCACUUACGUGAUGGAAAACGGGAGUUGUUAUGGAAAUUAAAAAUAAUUUUUAACUAUGGUGUUAUUGUAGCCUUGAGGACAACUGAAGCCAGUAAUGAUUUAAACUAAUAAGACCUACAGCUAACAUAUUCUUUCUGGCGCUACAGUAGCUGCAUCAAGCAAUAUAU